AUGAUGGAAAAACUUAAUCAAUAUAUGGAUCAUAUCUAUGACAAAGCAGCUUUUAUGGCUUCGAUUCUUGACUCUCGAAUAAAACUUGAAUUAAUGCCAGUUAAUAUGAACACACCAGAAAAUCAGGAUUAUUUUAGUCAGAUUUUUCAGGAGUAUUCAGA